AUUCUAUUGAUAGGAAGCCAACUACCCAACUUAAAAGUACACACAAUUAAAUUACUCGAUGAAGCUCAAAGAUACCUAAUCUGAUAUGUUUCUCACUUGAUAUCUUGGUUUUCUACUUGGCUUCAUACGCGGACAGAAUUAAGCGAACUAUUCAGAACGACUUUGCGCCACAACCCUAACCCGUAUCGUGGCACGAACCCAAGUUUUUGAACAAUCAGCUCAACGACCUGCAGGGGCCUCGCACGACAGCUUGGAUGACCGCAUCUGUGAGAUCUUUCUACGAUUCGCACCUUCGGUCCUCCACAAUCAAUCGCCCAGCCACCAACCACUUUUCUCACCUACCUCUCGAAGCGGGGGGUUACGAUGAUGCUUCAUAGUAAUGCCGGUUAUCGGCAGCAUGCACUAAUCCUCUCUAUGUACGGGUUCCGAAACAACGGUCAAUCUUUACCUAAACCUUUGCCAGGGUGCUGUGCAGUCACACCCCUCCAAGGGCCCAGUCAGUUCCUACACAAGAGAGGGGGACCUCCCUCCUCGAGUUGACUCAUGACUUCUCACCUUCACUCUCAUGCACUUGCCUUGAACACCUCUUCGAUAAACCGAACGUCGUGCAUUGCAUUGCAGCUCAACCUGCAACGUCAAAAAUACUCUCUGGGUUCUGCGUCGCAUUCGGUUCAUCGUCCCGUCUUUUACCAACACAGGGUCCGGUCCGGCUUGCCUCAUCCGAACAGGCCGAGCCGUCAAGCUCUCUCCGGUGGCGGACUUACCUUGAACACUUUCAACACACAUAAAAUACUUCUGUAAAAAAGGUCAUCAAAAUGCCUUCAAGUCCAAGAAGUCAGCCAAUUUUAGCAAGAAAAGAAUCUUCCAUCCCCAGCAGCCACCAUGACCGCCACGCAUCCUUAGCAAACUCCUUCCUCUCCACUUCGCCUCUUGCCCAAGAAGUCCUGGCACGAGACCUUGCAGCUUUCUCCGAUGACGAAGACAUACCCGUCGACACAGAAGCAGUUGACGGAUCUGACCAUGGAGAAGACGAUGCCAUCCAAGGACCAACUCUGUACCGCCGGCCAAGCGGGAUAGCCUUUGGGACUACCCGCCCAGCUCUUGCUCUUCCCUUGGGACAUGAUGAUCCCGCCUUACUCACCCGCACUGAGCAAGCCCGCAGCCGUGAUGCUGAACGGUCUUUGCUGAGGGACAAUCAUAUUCUUCCGCCUAAACACCACCAUGAGCCACCACCAAAAGGCAUCGCCGGCCAGUUCUCCCGGUUGUACAAACGACUCUUCAGCACCAAGGUCCCUCUUCCGUCCAGUGAUGAGGAAGCACCUCGCAUCAUCAUCGGUCCGGAUGAGCGGGCUCCCUUGCUGGGAAGCACCUCUCGUCAUCCAUCAGAUGCCCCGGAAAAUCUCAACGAGCAAUGGGAAGCUGCUGUGGCGGCAGGACAAAUCCGCACCACCUGGCAGCGGGAGGCGAAAACUAUUGCUGGUUAUUCCAAAUCACUGAUUGUCACCUUUUUGUUGCAGUACUCCUUGACAGUAACGUCCAUCUUUGCUGUUGCAAGACUAGGAACUGUCGAGUUGGGAGCAGUGACAUUGGCUACCAUGACAGCAAACAUCACCUGCUACGCUCCUAUCCAGGGUCUGGCCACGAGUCUGGAUACCCUCUGUGCGCAGGCGUUUGGGUCCGGGCACAAGACCCUAGUGGGGCUGCAGAUGCAGAGGAUGGUGUACUUUUUGAUGUUGGUGCUCGUGCCGGUGAUGGGGGUGUGGUGGAAGUCGGAGGAGAUAUUGAUCAAACUGGGAAUUGAAGAGGCAAGCGCGGCGUUUGCGGGGAUCUAUCUCAGGACGAUUGUGUUGGGUGCGCCGGCGUAUGCUAUAUUUGAAGCAGGGAAACGGUUUGUCUUGGCCCAGGGACUGUUUCAUGCUACUACGUAUGUGCUGCUUGUGGCGGCGCCGGUGAAUGUUCUGUUGAACUUUUUGUUUGUGUGGAAGCUGGGUUGGGGGUUUAAGGGCGCUCCGAUGGCGGUGGCUAUUACGCAGAAUUUGUUGCCGUUGUUGCUGGGGCUAUAUGUGUGGAAGGUGGAGGGGAAGGAGGCGUGGGGAGGGUUUAAGAAGGGGGCCUUGAGGAAUUGGGGACCGAUGAUUAGGUUGGCGUUGCCGGGGAUGAUUAUGGUUGUGGCGGAGUGGUUCGCUUUUGAGAUUUUGACGCUGUUGUGUGGGAGGAUUGGGGUGACGACGCUGGCGGCGCAGAGUGUGUUGGUUACUAUUACUUCGACAACUUUUCAGAUUCCGUUUCCGUUGUCGAUUGCGGGCUCGACGAGGGUUGCGAAUUUGGUGGGGGCUAAGUUGGUGGACGCUGCGAAGACUUCGGCCAAGGUGACUGUAUUUGGAGGCUUUCUCGUGGGGGUGUUUAACCUGACGAUGCUGACGGUGUUUCGGUAUCAAAUCCCGCGGCUUUUUACUGACGAUGAGGAUGUCAUCAACUUGGUUGCGAAGGUCCUUCCUGUUUGUGCGCUGAUGCAGGUCUUGGAUGGCAUGGCUGCUGUCUCUCAUGGGCUGCUGCGUGGUAUUGGCAAGCAAGAAUUUGGAGGAUACGCCAACUUGGUCUGUUAUUAUGUCGUGGCGCUGCCCAUCUCCUUUGGCUUGGGCUUUGGCCUGGACUGGAAGUUGACUGGCCUCUGGAUCGGCGUCACGAUUGGCCUAGGCCUCGUGUCGUUGGUUGAAUAUGCGUUUAUCUGGGCAUCUGAUUGGGAUCAGGCAGCCAAAGAGGCUGAGAACAGAAACAACGCCGGCUGAUGAUAGAAAUCCAAGAAAAAGAUUUGGAAGAAAAGAGGAGAAAAUCGGGCUGAUGAAACAUAUGACGACAUCACAAGAAUGGCAGAAUGAAUAGGCUAUGAAACAACUAUGAAUGGGUUGACUAUUGCGAUGGUUUGGGAAAAAAUACACAUAACGCUUGUUUCAGCGUAAUUUACAAAGGGAUGUGAGGCAAGCAUAAGUAGAUAUAUGCCCAAACUUGGGGCUCGGGUGAAGUUGGAGAAUAGGGGUAAAAAGGGGCAUCAACCGCCGGGCCAUGCCGGUUAGUACCUAAUGGUUACGUACACAAUAUUUACUUCCACCAAAAACCAAGAUGA